AUGGCAGACUUCCUCGGCUUAAAGAACGUCCAUGUGUUUGUCACUGGCGCCUCUGGCGGCGUGGGCCUCGCCACAUCCCGUGCAUUCCUCGACCAAGGCGCUUUUGUCACGCUGCACUACAACUCCAACAGUACGACACUGGACCCACUCCUCCACGAGUUCCCCGACCGUGCAUUCGCUGUCCAGGCCCGCAUCACCGACGAAUCCUCUCCACUACUGGUAAAGGACAUGUCUUUGGAGCACUGGAACAACACCAUUAACGUCAACCUCACUGGCAGCUUCCUGGCCAUCCGCCACUUCAUGCAGCAGCUGGAAAAGCACAAUGUCCAGGAUAACGUCGCCGUCGUGAUGGUGGGCUCGACUGCCGGCAAGUUUGGCGAAUGGUACCAUGCAGACUACUCCGCGUCCAAGUCCGCUAUGAUGUACGGGCUGACGCUUAGCUUGAAGAACGAGAUUGUGCAGAUUUGCCCCAAGGGACGUGUUAAUUCGGUGGCCCCGGGGUGGAUCCGCACGGCGAUGGCCGAGCCGGCGCUCAAGGAUCAGGAUGUUGUGAAGAAGGCGUUUGCCACGUCGCCGCUGAACAAGAUCUCGGAGCCGCAGGAUAUCGCUAAUGCUAUCCUGUACCUGGCCAGCGAGAAGGCGUCGGGUAAUAUCACUGGGCAUGUCAUGGACGUCAAUGCUGGCAUGGAGGGCCGCAUCAUCAACCCCCUCUAG